AUGGUUUCAGAUGCAGCAGAUUACAAUACAAAGAUGAGAAUUGGAAUGUGGAUCCGUAAGCUUCUUUGCCUUGUGCCCAUUCAGAUUGCUCGUGCAGAAAACAAUGGAAUGGUUGCUUUAAAGGAUGGACUUCAAAUCCCUUCUCAUGUUAGUUACGUGGAUAGCAUAUCACUUGCCAAUUUAAUGCGCUUUGGGUUCUACGAUGUUGUUCUCAACAGCUGGAGGGGUAAAAUUAGGGUUAUAUCUUCCAUGGGAAAGCAGAGUAGUGGGAAGUCGUAUUUGCUAAACCAUUUGUCAGGUUCCCACCUUGAUGUUUCAGGUGGGAGAUGCACUGAUGGUGUGUGGAUGACCAUCACUACAAGUGAAGGAGAUGGCUGCCUCUAUGUGCUCUUGGACUUUGAAGGGCUUGGCAGUUUUGAGCGAAGCGAACAGGAGGAUAUGCUUCUCUCUGUUCUGAACGCUGCCCUCAGCAACCUUACAAUAUUCAACAAAAAGGAUUUUCACCUUGAUAAGGAUACAGAGUCUGCUUUCAGCUGCUUCCACAGUGGGAUCAACCUAUUGGAGCAGGACAAAAAACUAUUCAAGGGCUUAUUCUACAUUGCAAUCAAGGAUGUUGAUGAAUCCGAUGUACUUGACCUUAUCCAAGAAUUCCAUGAGAAGAUAUCUCCAAUAUGCAGCAAGUCUCAGGAAAACUUCAUAUUAAAAAUGUAUGAUGGGAAGUUCGAGAUCGCUGUUAUGGCUCCUUAUAACCGGGCUGAAUAUUAUCAUGAGAGCUUGAGGGAAUUAGCACAGACGGUGUAUGAAACAGAUUCUUGCUAUGAUAAUGGUUCUAUUUUCUUGAAAGACCUUAAGCUUAUAAUUGCUCAGAUUGCUGUUAAAGAUUGGUCUUCUGUUGACAGUAAACGUGUGGCUAUCAUAGUUGACAUUGUAAGGAGAAAUCUCAUGUGUGCCAUCAAUAUGGGGUGUCUUUCUCCCACAAAUUCAGAUGAAGAAGUGCAGGAGCUCGUGAGCCUUGAUACACAGGUAGAAGUUCCUGAUAUGCCUCUUGUUGUUGGCGAGUCGAUGCUCAUCAACUUUCGAGAUUCAGGGUUGACUUUAGUACCUUCCAAGGAAUCAUCAACAUCUAGUUCUAUUAGAGACUUGUUAGCUCAAAUCAGGCUAAAACUAGAGGCCGUUGUUCCUAGGAAAGGGAGCAAUAUUGAUUCCUGGCAUUCCAUGUUGGAGAGGUUCCUUAGUGCAGUGGCAGAGAGAAGGCUUAAUAGAGUUCAACGGUGGAUAAGCUCAAACACAAUGGAUUUCUGCGGUAAUGAUGAGGUGGAGAGUUAG